AUGAAAUUUUCUAGAAAAAUAGGAGAAGAUCAAAAGGUCAACUCAAAAACAAGAAAAAUUAUGAAAUGCCCCAAAAAUACUAAAGAAGAAUAAAAAAAGAAAUUAUUGAAAUUAGUGCUACUUCUAACAGACUUACAAAAAGAUCUUCAGAGCUUAGAAAGACAUUGUCCUUCAGAGUUUCAAAAAAUACCUUAGUAGAACCCAAAAUCGAAGGAAAAAGACUCUAAAUUUUAAAGUAAAUCUAAAUCAACUCCCACAAAAAGUCUAAAAUGA